UCUACAAGUAAUAUGUGACGGCACCAUGGGCUUUGGAACUUUCAUAGCCUCACUCCGAGCCUCCUGGGUCGGCUACGCGUUAGUGCUGCUCUUAGCCUCGUCUCAAGCAUCGUGCGUCCUUAUCACACAACCCGUGCCCAGCACAGACAACACGCAGGCAUGUGAGUCCAUCGAUGUGAAUACGGGGCUGGUGGAGUACCGACCGUGCCAACCCAAUGUGAUUGACAUGGCGAAGUUGACGGUGCCUAGAGUGGACCCGGCCAACAGCACGUGUGGAUUCCCCGUCAGUCAGUUCUGCACACUGGAGAUACCCACCAGCUGCGAUAUAUGCAACGCUCGGAUGAAAGGCCAGUCUCAUCCGCCCAAGUUCAUGACUGACACCGAGAGGGGCGUGCCCACCUGGUGGCAGUCCGUGUCCUGGCUAGACUACCCCAACCCCAUGCAAAUCAACGUCACCUUAUCCUGGAACAAGACAUUCGAGUUGACCAAUGACAUUGUAGUGAAGUUCCAAUCCGUUCGGCCGUACCAGAUGGUCAUCGAGAAGUCGAUGGAUUACGGAAAAACGUGGAUGCCCAUGCAGUACUACGCUAGAAAGUGUAUGGACUCCUUUAACAAAAUGCCGGUGACGAGUAGUACCAUAUCCAGAAGGGACAUUGCCAAGGUCAUCUGUACCCAGGUUUACAGCGGAGCGAUGCCCAGACCCGAUGGAAGCGUACGGCUGGAGAUUGAGGACAGAUUUAACCGGUAUUUGAACUCUUUGAAAUCAACAAACGACAUCUCAGUUGAACUGGAAAACCACCAGCAGCUCAGAGACUUUGUGACCUUGACUGAUCUGAGGAUACGGCUUUUGGCACCAGCCACCAACGGUGCUUACAGUAGGAGUACCACCAUGGAGCUGCUCAAGUAUUAUUACGCUAUAUCUGACAUCCAAGUCAGGGGAAGGUGUAAGUGCAACCUCCAUGGCUCAGACUGCUUCAUGAUUAACGGUACGAUGACGUGUGACUGCAAACACAACACAGAGGGACCCGACUGCAGCAGGUGCAAAAAGCCGUAUGACACGCGAAAGUGGAAGGCUGGGACGUGGAAACCACUACCCAGAGGAACUGCAAACGAGUGUAGAACCUGUCAGUGCAACGGCCACUCUGAACGCUGUCGUCUGAUACAAGUCCUCGGCUACAUGGUGUGCAUCGGCUGUCUUCACAACACCAUGGGGAGGAAUUGCGAGCAAUGUUUGCCUGGCUUUUACAGAGACAUGACCAAGCAGAUCGUCGAUCCGAACGUGUGUGCUCCAUGUAACUGCAACCAAGUAGGAUCGAGGCACAACAAGUGUAACGCCACAACUGGAGAAUGUAUCUGCAAAUCGUACACCAAAGGUCCGAAGUGCGACUCCUGCGUUAAAAAUUACUACUGGGCGGAUGGACAGGGCUGUGUUCCUGCUCUGUGUAACAACGACACGCUGUCCUGUCAGAACAACGGGACCUGCCUGAAUUAUCAGCGCUGUGACUGUCUACCGGGUUUCGGUGGCAAGUUCUGUGAGAGCCCAUUGAAGUGUUAUACCGGAAUGUGCGCUCGAAGUGUCGGUGGAUCCCCGCCACUCUCGUCGAUGUCCACAGCCAUCCUGACGCUGCUAGUAGCGGGGAUGACCACACUUCUCAGCGGCAUGGUAACAGAUUCAUUCCCGUGGUCAUGACGAUGUCCUAUGGACUAAAAUAGACGUGUUGAACGUGAUUUCAUAGGUAGCUUGAUGUCACGUGUCCUUUUGGUAGCUAGUAUGGACACCGCCCACGAAGAUGCGCAGAGAAGACCAGCCCAGCAAGCUUGUCGCCGCUUGAAGCUUGAUGAAUGGUAGUGACACUUAAAAGGAAGGAUGCUAAAUGCAACGGGACAGCAUAUCACGAAAAUGGAGAAGCAACGGAAGCAAGACGAAUAUGAUUUGGAAAGUUGUCCUCGUUUACCAAGCAAAUUGGCUUUCUGUGACGUGAAGCAUCUCUAGCACAUACGUUCACCAGGUAUUAGCAGCACAAGGGGCCACAAAAACUUGAUUGCGUCGAACGUACAGGGGCAGUUGUCCAGAAAAUGUUCGCACACGGUAUCAAGUUGUCACAGAGUCGUUGUGAAUGAAACUUAUUCGCAUGUGCGAUGAUUGAUUGUGAGUAAGAGAUUUUGUUGUAAUUGCCCAGAAAACGUCAAAGAAAGAUGGCGCGUAUCGUAAAAAAUGCCCAUUCCGAAGCGAGAUGGAUUCGCAUUUUCACAAUCUCUGAUUGAAUUCUGGGCCUCCAGGAGAUAACAUCCGUAAAUCAAGUUUGUGUGGCCUUAAAGGAACAUAUUGUGGUGUUGUAAAUAAGACGUAAAUCAAGCUUCGGGCAUCCUAGAUUGCAGUUCGUGGUAAAGGCGCCAGAUGCCGCUUAGGAUCAGUCGCUGUCAAAAGGCAAGACCUUGCCCAAGCAAAGCCGUCUCGCUUUGGCCAAGAGAAAGGCUCCACUGCUGUGUUCCAUGUUAAAUCUACGUACAGAAACCUCAUCUUUUAGUGAAAAUAUACUGUCAGGAGCGACAUUGUGUCCAAUGCACUAGGGUUGAAAAGUAAAAUCAAUAGAUAUAUUUUUGUGAGCUGAAACCAUUAGUAGUUACCGACUCAAAUAAUGUUAGACAGGGAAAAAUAACAAGCAUAUGUAACUGUAAAUAGACACAAUAUUACUAUAGCUAAAAUAACAGCUUUCCACCUUUUUGUUAGAAAAAAAAUGACAAUUAUAGGAAUUAGAACAAAGUGUAAGCAAGCUCUAUAGUUCCUGUGGAAUUACGCCGUUUCUGUUAAAGAAAUCUGGCUACUAUUGCUGUAUGCAUGUAUGAUGGCUUCAGGAAUCAAGAUAAGAAAUAAAAUGAUGGUACACACGGGUUAACACGUACUGGGGACACCUUUAAAAUAUGUAUUGACGGGCGGAGUGGUGUAAAUUUAUGGAUAAUCAUACGUCUUUUACAUAUCUGACGAUCAAGACGCUUCCUAUAUUUCACUAUGCAAGUCCAUAAAUGUUCGUUUUAACAUUUGUAUAUGUAUCUUGAAAUAGAUUGUUGUCUUGUACCUAACAUUUCCAUUCAAAGAGUAUCUAGCCGUCUGUUCAUUUUAAUGUUUCCACUCGCGCCUUUCGACGUAGUGUUGUCAAAAUACUGAUCAAAAACGCCACCUGCAGACAAUGAAAGGAACUGUUUAUUUUCGUUUGUUCAAAUCCGGCCUCGAGUUAAGCAGCAUGUAUAUAUACAAAUUGCAAUCAAAUAACAUACUAAUGGAAUGAAAUGCAUGCACCAUUAGUUAUUCAUUACAAUUUUCACCUCCUUGUACUUUAAACUGUAUAUAGAUGCUCUUUUAUAUUUGUGUUUUGUAACGCUAACCUUUAUCCUCAUUUUUCUAACUUGCACUGUAAUGAUGAAACCGAAUUAAAAAGAAUAUAUAUCACUAGACAAUAUGUUGACCAAUGUAUGCAGAUAUAUGUAAAGAACAGUGUUUUAAAAGCGGUGCCUACAUCAAAUUGUAAAAUGUUGCCCAGUUGUAUAUUUCACCUGUACAUGAAGCUAUAGCUAGUUACCACAAUGUGACAGACAUGUACACGCUGUAGUGUUCACGUCAACGAAUAUAGACUGAAGCUUCCUGUGUGAAUAUAAAUAGUAUAACAAUGUAAAAAAAACGUGCAGGCAGUAAGAAUUUUAUACCAUGCCACUGAAAGAUGAAAACAAAUAAAGAUACGG